UUUGAUAUCUGGAAUAUUAGUUGACAAUAGAAAUCAGAAGAUUUAAUCAAACAAUAAUAGACAAAUCUAUUUUAUUUCUUUUUCAUUUCGAUUUGGGUGGGAGGUUCCUGGCGAAUAAUCAUAUUCAUACAUUUUCUAAAGUUCAGAUUCUGAAGUCGGCGUCGUUAGGAGCUAGAGUUUUAGCUAAAUCAGAUGCAUCCUGGUAAAUUUUCCCUUGUGCCUAAGAAGGAAGUGAAGGACACAACGGUUUCAUGUUUUCCCAGUUACAAUCAUAGCACUUCUCUGGAUCCCAUUGAUGUUUCUUCUUCAUCUCCAGAUGUUGAAGGAAAUGCCCUGCCUCAUGGCAACCUAUCUAAUCAAUUAGUCCUUUAUGACCCUGUGGCGAAUGAAAACAAUUCAAUUCAACUUUUGCCUGAUCCUCUUCAGUGUGAACCUCCAUUGAUUCCAACAACCAAACCUUCAGAUUCAGUUCCUAGAGUUUUGCCUUCUGUUGGUGCUUUCACUGUUCAAUGUGCAUCUUGCUUUAAAUGGAGGUUGAUUCCAACAAAGGAAAAAUAUGAAGAAAUUCGUGAACACAUCCUUCAACACCCUUUUGUUUGUCAAAAAGCUCGUGAGUGGCGACCCGAUGUAUCUUGUGAUGAUCCAGAGGAUAUUUCUCAGGAUGGUAGCAGGAUUUGGGCUAUUGAUAAGCCAAGCAUUGCACAGCCUCCACCUGGAUGGCAGCGACUGCUGCGGAUCAGAGGUGAAGGAAGUACCAAAUUUGCAGAUGUAUACUAUGUAGCGCCAUCCGGCAAGAGAUUGCGCUCAAUGGUAGAGAUCCAGAAGUUCUUGAUGGAUAAUCCAGAGUAUACAAGAGAUGGAGUAACGCUUUCAAGGUUCUCAUUUCAAAUACCAAGGCCACUGCAAGAAAACUAUGUGAGGAAGCGCCCUGCUAGACUUACAUCUCCAUAUGAAGUCAGUGGACCUGUUGAACCUGAGCAAGUGAGUCCUCUAGCGUGGGCCGGUCCGGAAGAAUCUCCUAUUUCGCAAACGGAAAGACUGAGGUUUCCUGCUCCAUGCAUGCAAUCCCAUGCUUUUGACCCUAUCAGCCGUCCUGCGAAGAAGCAAGCAACUCAAAGUUCCUUCCAAAACGGUGCCCUGCAGUAAGAAGAUUAUCUGCUGGGAUAUUUAAACAGAAGGACCUGAUCAAAUAUCUAAAACAGAGAAGUGUUGAAGAACUGCUAAAGAAGAUGAAAAUUACACAUUGUGAUAGGCAUUAUGAUGUGUAAUCUAAGCAUGCCAAAUCAUGCAGUAAACAAUGUAUAGAAGUCGUGAUUUGUCAGAUAUGAUUCUGUUGAAAAGCAAUCGAUUUUUACCUUGCCCAGAUUGUGGUCCUAGCAUUCCAAGUCUGCUAAAAUUAGUUAGUGAGAGAUCAAUAUCUUGAUAUUCCAAUCCUUCCUAGUAAUAUUGUAUUUUGGAUUAGUUGAGAUUUUCUGCGUCAAGUCUUGGAGAAUAUUUUAUACCAAAGGGGUGCCCCCCUGCCUUCUCCAAAAGAACAUGCUAGAAUUUCUAGUAUUCUGAUCUGAAAAGCAUGCCGAUUCAACUGGAGGGUUUGUUCCUAAUUUCAGCUUCUUUU